AUGGAAAAUCCACCGAGUAACACGCCGAAGGGACCUGGACCGAACCUCCAUCACCUAGGAGAAUUGGUUAUCCUGGGUUUCGAAAGCCUGAUGCGUAAAUAUGAUGAGCUGGGAGGGACGUCUACUCAAUAUCCGCAUCGACGGCAGCUCACUGUGAUAAGCUCCGCCUUUCUCGUCAUCUGUCCGGAACUCCCAUCCGACUCUAAUGUAACCCAUGACCAGCAUCUCAAACAAUUCAAGGUUUAUAGGCUUUUUUUAUUCAAGAAAGACUUCCUCUCUACAGUUGAGAGGAUCUCUCAAGCCUUUCGAGCCGCCUGUGACUACACAGAAAUGAUGGCGGAAUCGAGAUGGGCACUCAUUGGUGAAGAUGCUUCGUUUCCGUAUGAAGGACAAGAAGAACCCGCAGUAUAUGAUAUUGAACGCACUAUCAAACACUCACAGAUGUCUGAAAUGGAGGUUAUCGAAGAACGUGGCCUGAUGGGAGUCUUUCGGAGCGAUUGGUCACUAGACAUUCUCAAGAGCCUCGUCGACCCAACUGCUCCCAGGCCAGAUGAUGAACUCGAACUAUUGACCGACCAACCGCUCAUCCAACUCGCUAACUUGUUGAUACCCUUGAUCAAGCUAAUAAGACUGUUUUUCGAGAAAAUUUCAAAAAAUGGCAUGAGCUAUCAAAGGCUACCAUCGCAUACCCAAAUGAACUCCAAGCAACUCCAAUGUUUAUGCCAAUCUGUUGAAGCUACUUCGGAUGUCAAACUGAUUUUCAGAAUCUUGUGCGAAUUUCAAGCAGAUCUUCCAGAUGAACCUGUUGAUAUUCGGAUAGCCAUUCAAACAGCUGAAAACAUCGUUAAUCGUUUGGAAGGGGCAUCUCUUUGUGUAGUCAGAUAUCUCGUUCCCUUGCUCGAUAGACUUGCGGAUCGGAACCACUACCAGGCUUGGUUCGACACAUGGAACAUUCUAUUCAAAGCAGCCAUUCAUAAUUUCAUCCAAGCUGCCAAGCAGCUUUGA